AUGCCAUUCAAAUACUUUCGUCCAUUCAAAUCACUGGACAAUAAAAACCAAGAAGUGAAAGAAAACACUAAAUUUGACUUGCAAAGACAGGACGCCAUAGCUGAGGCUACUUCAGGUGCGGUGAAAAAAGUAUUCGGAGGUGGCACUAAACCAGCACAAGUCCAGCCACAAUUUCCUAAAAAUACGAAAAAAAAUGAUUUCCCCAAAAAAAAUCCGAAAACUAAAAAUACUGUAACAGUGGAAAUGGACGAAAAACCGCAAAAACCACCAGAAAGAGUCUCGCUGUUUGAUUUUCUCGAGGAUAAAUUGCCCCCGAACGAAGUCAGUGAACCCCCCAAAAACCAACAAAAUCAAAAAAAUUACAACACUUUUUAUCACAAUCAAAAUAAAUACAAAGGCGGUUCGAAGCAAGAUAAUUUCUUCAAACCUAGAAACGAGCCACAAGCUCAUAAAAAUGAAAUGAACGGUUUGACUAACAAUUUCGAGAAAAUGGCAAUUAAUACGCAAUUUGCCAGUCGAAGUCUCAAACAGCAUUUGAAUUUGCUGCCGCAGAAAAAAAAUUCGCAUGAAAGUACUAACGUAAAGUGGAAAGUGGGGGACGAUUGUGUUGCGAAAUAUUGGGAGGAUGGCAAAUACUAUAAUGUUAAUAUAACUGCCGUAACUGAUAACACUUGUGUUGUGAAGUUUAAAGGGUAUGGAAAUAUGGAAGAGGUGUUGAAAAGUGAUUGAGUAAGAUUUUUUGCUAGUUUCUUCCAGUAGAAAUCUUACUCAGGUUUGUGGCAAGUUUCAGCGAUUUGAGGUCAAUUUAUUGUUUCAGGACCAAUGGAAUUUCGGAGGAAUACCAGGACGUACAGGAGGCAAUAGUCAAUUAUCACACUGUUUUUCUACUAAUAAAUAAUACGUAAAAAAUAGUGAUUAUUUUCCGUAA